CACAACAGCCAUCCGGACAUACAUAGUUAACUGAUUACUUCAGACAGUCUACCUUGUACACAUACAUUAUCAUUGCAUUGCUCUCUGAACUUGCAAGACUGGUUCAUAGGACUGUCUUUGGUUAAGAUCUGUCCAUGUAUUGAGGCUUCCUUCCACACAGUGCGUAAGCACAUUGCAAACUGUCAAUGUACGGCCCAGCUUGCGGAGUAAUAAUACUCAAUCAUUUAUCAAGACAAGAAACGACCUUUUCUGUCCCAAGUGAAGCAUUGCCGGCUACAUGCGGCUCUGGUCCCGGCACUGCGGACCGUCUGGGGAUGCAGCACCGAAGGCCGGGGAAAAUCCGGGGAUUCCAACAAGCGCCCUCGGCCUUCUCUCUCUCUCUCACUCCGCGACACCAGAGCUACUACUAGUACUGAGACAGUCUGAGAGACGUCCAGAAACAACCAGCACCCUAACUCAUCUUGCUGAUCUUCCCGAGACCAGUUCCUCUUUCGCUGUAGACGCAGCGACUCCGUACUACGCUACACGCUUGGCGGCCAAUCAUACCUUCCAGAUCUCGCGACAAAAAUCGAUGGCUCACGAUGGCUCACAAUCGCUCUUACGGAUUGCGGCCAAACGCGCUCGACUCGCACUCCAGACGCCUCGCUCGACGAUCCUGCUUGGUCAUAACUGCCAUUGGACCCCCUCCGCACUUGGCCAAGGCUGGGUUCUGGCGCUUCCCCUCCUUUGGGUCCGCCAAUGCAAUGCCGUGGGAUCUACAAACCAGUCCGAGAUGGUGGUUGCUCCCCGCCGACAGACACCGAGGGACCAAGCGAAAGUUAGAUGCGCUGGGUUUCGUCCAGUCUCCCUCGGGCUUCCUCUCGUCCAUGCCGAGGUGAAUAACCGAUGA